AUGCUUGUGGCGAAGAUAGUGCCUGGUACUAAGAAUAAUACCUGCGAUGGAAGUCCGAAGAAGGCCUACCAGGAAGUUGCACUAGUCACGAUCGGAGUGCACGGACACAGCCUUAUUGAUCAUUCUGUCCCGCAGGAGCUGCCACGGCAACUAUUACUUGCAUUUAUUCUUCUUAUUUCCUGCAAUCCUGCCUAUCCAGAAAAGGCUCCUUUAAUAAAGCUUGUAAUUUCAUACCACCCUUUAUUCAAAAUCAUCAUGGUUGAGACAGGUCUUCCGGCCGGAUGGGAGGUCCGCCAUUCUAACUCCAAGAACCUCCCUUACUAUUUCAAUCCCAUGACAAAGGAAUCCCGUUGGGAGCCUCCAUCAGGCACUGAUACGGAGACGCUCAAGUUUUACAUGGCCAACUACCAUAGCGGACCCACCAGUCGGCCUGAUGGUACAGGUAAUGGUGAAGGGAAAAUCCGCUGCAGCCACCUUCUUGUCAAACAUAAGGACAGCAGGCGGCCCAGCAGCUGGAAAGAGUCAGAAAUUACUCGGUCCAAGGAGGAGGCGAUUGAAAUCCUUCGUGGUCAUGAAACGCGUAUCAACUCGGGCGAGGUCAGCUUGGGAGAUCUUGCGAUGUCAGAAUCAGACUGCAGCAGCGCCAGGAAGAAGGGUGAUCUUGGCUUCUUUGGACGUGGAGAGAUGCAGAAGGAGUUCGAGGACGCUGCCUUUGCUCUACAGCCCGGCCAGGUCAGCGGUAUCGUGGACACGGCUUCAGGUGUCCAUCUCAUUGAACGCAUUCAAUAA